AUAUGUUUUCUCACUCUAACUUAUUGUACCAGUUCAGCAGUGCAGCUGAAAAGACUGACCAAUAGUGUGUUUACAGUGUACUGAAAGCGUGCAACAAGCGCGCUCAUGUUUGUAAAUGAUAAGAAUCAUCGCGAAAUUCUUUACUUUUUAGAAUCGUGUUUUAUAACAGAAAAACUUUGAAAUCGAAGAAGAUAUUAUUUUCGUGAUUUAAAACGACAAUUGUUUAGAAUACAUACGAAUUAUUCUAGAGACGCGAAGAUAUUUUUUUAUAUUUUUUAGUGUUCUCUUACACUCAAAUUUUUCGGUAGAACGCAUCAAUUGUACAAAGUGCUAUGCUAAUCGGUUGUUGGAUUGCCUCUAGCCUUGGUUGUGAUGGAAGAUGUAGGAGCUACGGUUUUCUACGAUGACGAGGAUGAUUGUUUGGACUAUGAUUGCAUGCAGAACGUUGAAUACGACUUUGAUUAUGUGGAUGCAGAAAAGGAAAAUCUCUAUGAACUAUACGAGUAUUGUCUCAGUCCUACUUUAUAUGAUACAGGACGUUAUAUGUUACCUUUGUUGGGUAGCACAGUAUUAUUUAGAUUAUUUGUUUAUACUCCGUACAUAUCACACAGAAUAUUUCAUAUAUUAUCAGUAAUCAUAGGCUUGUGUGUUAUUCAGUAUUAUAUGCAAGAAUGUUUAAUCAUAUUGAUAGUAUUUGUUCUUUUUUCUUAUGGUAUUUUAUACAUCCCCAAAAAAUGGCAUGGUGGCAUAGGAAUCUUUUUACCAUCUCUUUUGAUAAUUGCAUAUUGUGAAUUUUCAAUGCAGUCAGUAAUAUGGCAUAAAGUACGUAGCGUGAUUAUGACUAUGGCAAUGAAGGUAAUAAGUAUUGCCAUUGAUACAAGUGAUUCAAAUGACUUGCCAGAUAUUUACAGUUACACAAGUUAUGUAUUCUGUGGUGUAACCUGUCUAUUUGGACCAUGGAUAUCAUUCAGAGAUUAUAUUUCACUUCGUACUUCUAAUAGCCAAACAAAAUUAUGCAUAAUCUAUGGUAUAGGAUACAUCUUCCUUGCAUUCAUCUUCCUGAGUAUUUCAAAUUGUUGGACACAAUGGAUAUUCGUAAAUAACUCCUGGAAAUGGCUAAUAGCAUACAGGGACGCGUUAUCUUUUAGAUCAUCCCACUACUUUGUUUCGUACAUAGCUUCGGCGUUAUUAAUACUCGCUGGAUUUCCUCUUCCACUGUCAACGACAGUUCAGCCAUUGUACAUUGAGUUUCCACGCUCUCUUGUUCAAGUUGUCAUUUAUUGGAAUAUCCCAAUGCAUUAUUGGCUGAAGACAUAUAUCUUCCGUCCUAGCAUUAAACGAUUUGGAAAGUUCGGAGCAGUGACUGUUACGUAUCUGAUAAGCGCUCUUUUACACGGAUUAAACUUUCAACUGGCAGCAGUGUUACUUAGUCUAGGAUUUUACACAUAUAUAGAGUUCAAACUCAGGAUCAUGUUAGCCGAUAUCUUCAAUGCCUGUAUCGCAUCCAAACAGUGUGCUUCGCAGAAAUGCACGCAUAAAUAUACCUCUUACAAUUGUUUAUGGGUGUUUAUGAUAAACAUGGCAUUCUCCGGUUUGUCCAUGUUUCAUUUGGCUUAUUUGGGUCUCAUGUUUGAUACAUCUGAUUUACAAGAAACAGGGUAUAGCUAUAGCCAUACGAUUGAUAAGUGGGCUCAGCUCGGUUUUGCUAGUCACUGGGUAGCAUUGGCUACAUACUGUAUAUACUUUCUCAUUAAAUAGACACAUUUAUAUAUAAAACGUUUGACGAACUUGCUAAGGAUUAUGUAUAUUUAUAAUUAUCUUUUUAUAGAAAAUAAAACCGUGUUACUGAAACAGAUA